CUUCUCCACAACUGCCCUCAUUCUUUCCUACCAGACUCUGAACUGAUUUCUAAGCGAAAAUGCAUGUCAACGUCCUCGCCGUCUCUCUCCUGGCUGUGCUAGCCUCAGCCCUGCCAGCAAAGCGCUCGGAGUCAGCAGUGCAGAGCUUCGCAGAGUCGUGCAAGAACUGCGCGAUCUCCAGCCCCCCCAUACUCGUCUGCCAGUGCACCAGGAGGGACGAGUUUGUCGCCGCCUCAGUCCUCGACUUGAACACCUGCCUCGGGAACAAUUUCGGGUACCUUCAGUGGAAGAAGGGGGGACGUUUCUGGUCCUCUUGCACCAAUGCGACCAUCAUCGAUGGCUACAAGCUUCAGACUACAUGCGACGAUGCCCAUGGCGGUACGGUCGACUCAGUCACCCUGCUAAAUGAGAGAAUCCACAAUAGCGAUGGCGUCCUCAGCUGCUCGGUGGCCGAGUAA